UUCAUUUUAAUACACUUUAAUAUGAGUCCUGUUUAUCAUACAUCGUUUAAUAAUAACUAUUAUUAUGAUGCAGUGAGACUAGGGCAAAUAGAAGUACAACAUGAACUGGCUCGUAACUUUUAUGAUGAUGAUGAAUUCUGUCCUAUACUCGAGUACACUACUUUGGAUGAUCGGGAUCGUAUCUAUCAGCGGCUGACACCUUCUCCUCGAACAUCCCCUCGCACUUCUCCUACCAUUAAAAACUCAAAAAGAGUGAUACCCAUCAUCAACCCUUCCAACAUGACUCCCAUUUCUAUUCAGCCAAAAUAAUUUGUAUAAUACACAUUCCCAUUUCAUAUUGUAAAUAAUAAAAAGUAGUAGAAUAAAGUCUCUUUAGUAUUACUGAUACAAAAUAUCCAUGUUCUACCUUACUUUCACCGAGUUUACUUUUAUUUUCUUGGUUUUUGUGUACUGUUUUGUGAUAGUUUUGGGGUUAAACAAAUAUCUUCAUUUGUAAAAUAAUUUAAGGACCGACAUGAGGCGCAUGAUAGCUAAAAAAAGCAUUUCUUCAACCAGUUCAAUCAAAAUAAUAAAAUUAGUUAUGGUAAUAAAUAAACAAUUAAAGGUA